UUUUGUUAUUUAAUGUUUGCGUUCUGCUUAAUUUCUCCACUUUCAUUGAAUUGUUUCGAAUAAUACAUUAUCAUUAGAGAUGAAUAACAUUGGAUUGUUGAAUUGUUAAACACGCGACAUUUGCGGGGAUUUGGAAGAAUUUUCGAGGGAACGGAGUGCCAUGAUGGGAUCAUUGAGACGAGAUAGAAUCCUCAUGUGAUAUUUAAUAUUCACCGUGAAAUAAUGAGUUGGGUGGACUGUUUCGGGGUCGAGAAUUGGAUUUUUUUGGGAUAUUUGAAUUCAUCUUGGAAUCCAGGAAGAUGACGAAAGAUGCUGAGAAAGACUCCAAUCACUGCCUGAUAUGUAAUGAGAAAAUCGCUACAACGUCUGAGAAUUGUGUGCGAAUAUUCAAUAGUGAUGAUAAAGGGAGAGGAAAACCACUUGCUGAAACCAUAUGCUGUUUGCUGGACAUUGACAUUACAGCUGAUAAUGUCCAUUCCACUGUUUUGUGUAAAAAGUGUCAGGAGUCUUGUCAGGAGUUCGAGGAGAUGGAGAAGAAGAUGAUGGAGAUCAAGCAGGAAGUUUCGAACCAUUAUCAGAUGACUGUCAAGGAAAUUUCGAAGUUGAAUCCUCCUGGGGAUGAAUGUAAUGAUCAUGAUUAUUUAGAUGGAGUUGAACAUCAUAUUGUUGAAGAGGAAGAACACGAUGAGAAGGAAAUUAAGGAGGAUCCCAAGACGGAACAGCCAGAUACUAAGGAUGCCCUUGAUACUACUAUGGAGGAGCAUUUGGAUGAGCAAUUUUUGCAAGAAGAUACGGAUCAUGCGGAACAGACUAAAAUGACGGAGGUAUACCUUGACGAGUCAAUCAGCAUCAAGUUUGAAGAUGAAUGCGAUGCACUGAAAUUGACUAAAGCUGAAGAGAGGAAGAGGAGAGACGGGAGGAAAUCAAAAGGGAAUUCAAGGGACGACGCUCGAGAACCGAUUGUAUUGAAAGUUGACAACACCUACACGUGCCUGAUCUGCCCCACGGAUGAUGGGGUAGCGUUAACAGGUGAUGCUAAAGAAAUCGUCACCCACAUGAAGACAGCUCACGAGGCCCGACUAUACAUCUGUGACAUUUGUGGCCUUGACUUUAGAAAAAGAAAUGAAUUAUCGAUUCAUCUUGACGAUCACGUUGCAAAAGAGGAGGGUGACUUCCAGUGCGAAGUCUGCAACAGGAUAUUCAGCAAUUUGAGACUAUUCAGGAUCCAUCGGAGAAUACACUAUCCUCAAGUGAAAUCGUGGCCUUGUGAGACAUGUGGCAAACGUUACAGCUCUAGAAAUUUGCUUGAUGAACAUGUUAAUACUCAUAUUGGGGUGAGACCGUACAUUUGCGAGACCUGUGGCAAGGAUUUUGCAUCCAAGUAUACGUUCAAGGCACAUGUCAAGACCCACGAGAUCCGCCCGAGGCCUUUCGAAUGUACCCAAUGUAACAAAACCUUCCUGAGUCAGCAGAAUCUCAAUCAGCACGAGAAAACGCAUCUGGGAGUUAAGGAGUAUAUCUGUCAUCAAUGUGGGAAAGCAUUUGGUUCGCCGCAUAAUCUCGAGGUCCACAAUAUCGUGCAUACUGGCUACAAACCUUACAUUUGUAAAAUGUGUGGCAAGGCAUUUGCCCGGAAAGCAGAAAUUCGAGAUCAUGAAAGAACGCACACCGGUGAAAAACCGUACCAGUGCGAAUUUUGUGGAGCUACUUUCAGUCAACGAUCGAAUUUACAAUCUCACAAACGAGCAACGCAUUACAAUGACAAAAGGUACAAGUGUGACGACUGUGGUAAGGGCUUCAAAAGACGUAGACUUCUGGAUUAUCACAUCAAAGCUGCUCACACUGGAGAACGACCAUACAAAUGUGAAACAUGUUCAGCGACCUUUGUUUAUCCAGAACAUUUUAAGAAACACAUGAGAAUUCAUACUGGAGAAAAACCGUAUUUAUGCGAGGUCUGUGGAAAGGCAUUCAACAGUCGAGACAAUCGAAACGCUCACAGAUUCAUACACAGUGACAAGAAGCCAUACGAGUGCCUUGUCUGUGGCAUGGGAUUCAUGAGAAAACCUCUCCUCUACGCUCAUAUGCAGUCUCAAGGCCACUUGAACGACACCAUCGUCGUCAAUCAGCCGAGACUGACGACCGAGGAGGAUCAGGUCAUUCUCCCCGAGGGAGACGUCGAAUUAAUGCUGGAGGAAGAUGCAGAUGAAUUGGGUGAAACUGAACUGUACGUUACUGAUCUGAAGGACCAUGUGAUAAUCCACGAAAAUCAGAAUAUCUAUCAAGAAGAAAGUGUUUUGGAUAUAACUGAAGAAGAGGGCAUUGGGGAGGGAGGAGUCCAGCACAUGGUUGUUAAUAAUCAGAUGACAUUUACUGAAGGUGAAGUAAUCCAAUGUAAAACAAAUGACGAGGGAGAACAAGUGUACAGUUAUAACGGGGGCGAAGACGGACAAACGAUAGUUGUAUCUGCAGGAGCUGAAUACAAAGAGUUGAUGAGUGAUAGCAAAAACCCUGUGAGAUUGGUGCAAAUAAGAAUUCCAUCCUCAGCUGGUGUCGAGGAAAAGAGUUGGCUGAGUUUAGUUCAGCAGAAUACGUAACUCUAAUUCGAUUGUACGUUUCCUUAGUUAAUUUGUCAGCGAUUGAAGGAGAUAAUGAAUUCACAUUGUAUAGCAAAAAAUUGAUAGAAAAAUCUGGCGCUUUCUUCAAGAAAUUCUAUUGAAUUUCUAUUAGAACUCUACAAAAAUUAU